CGUGGCCAGUUGGUGUGUUCAGCGGAGGAAAAGGUUUUGGUUACGUUUCAUUAAGUUUUUAGAUAGGAAAUUCCUCAAAACACCCAAUACGAUGUCCGUUUCGGUGACUUGCAUUGCUCCAGUAAAUAUUGCAAUCGUCAAAUACUGGGGAAAGCGUGACGAUGACCUGAUUUUGCCGAUAAACGAUUCUCUCAGUGUAACCCUUUCGACUGACCACCUUCGCACAAAGACUACCAUCACUGCCGGUCCGGAGCUGCUGAAGAAUGUGCUUCGCUUGAAUGGUGUGGAAGAAUCUUUUGAAAAUCCACGUAUUCAACGCUGCCUGUUGGAAGUGCAAAAAAAAGCUAAAUCAUUAGGGAAGUGCCCUAAACCGGAGAUGCUGGAAUGGAAGAUCCAUGUAGAAUCGGAGAACAAUUUCCCCACCGCAGCCGGAUUGGCGUCUAGCGCUGCCGGUUACGCUUGUUUUGUGUACACUUUGGCAACGCUUUAUGGAAUCGAGGAUGAAGAGUUAAGUAGCAUAGCACGAAUGGGCAGUGGCUCUGCUUGCCGUAGUUUACACUCAGGAUACGUGCAAUGGGUUAUGGGGGAGCGGGAGGAUGGAACCGAUUCGUUGGCCGUUCAGGUAGCGCCGGCCACCGCCUGGCCGGAUAUGCACGUGCUUAUUUUGGUGGUUAAUGAUCGGAAGAAAGCAACAGCCUCAACGCAAGGAAUGUCUACCAGUGUGAAGACUUCCGAAUUACUCAAGCAUCGGGUCGAAAAGUGUGUUCCUCAGCGUAUUGAGCAAUUGAAGAAGGCCAUUGCGGAGCAUGAUUUCGAAACAUUUGGCCGUAUUGCGAUGACCGAUAGUAAUCAAUUUCAUGGUAUUUGCUUGGACACAUAUCCGCCGUGCUUUUACAUGAAUGACGUAUCGCGACAAAUCGUUCGCUUGGUACAUGAGAUCAACAAUAUGGCUGGCUUUAUAAAGGUGGCCUACAGCUUUGAUGCCGGACCGAAUGCGUGCCUAUUUCUGCUGGAAAAAGAUGUAGCCGAAGUUUCGGCAAUCGUUCGCCGUGCCUUUCCCUUCAAUCAUUCCCAGGAAGCGGAUUACUACAAAGGAAUCCCGAACGAUGAGGCUGGCAUGGCAGCUGUUCCGGAGAAGGUGCUGAGUACAUUCUCGGUAGAAGAACCCAAUCAGUUGCGGUACAUUAUUCAUACGAAGGUUGGAGAAGGACCACGGCGUGUCGAGUAAAGUGCACUCAGAAAAUAGUUGUACACCGAGUAUUGUGAAAUGAAUCUUCGAAGUAAAAGGGGAUUAUUUUAGGGUAUGGUUUAUUUUUUCUAUGUGGCUAUUUAUUUCGUUUUGUGGCUAUUUAUUUCGAAUAAAAUGGGGAUACUUUU